AUGCCAACCGUGAUGGACGCGAUCGUUCAUGCUAUGAUCGAUUUUCGCAAGGAAAUAUUGGACAAUCUGCAACUGUCGUUUGAGUACCACACGAAGCAGCUGGAGGAAAUCAAAGUUCAUGUUGAACACAAGAUGCAAGAACAAGAAAACAGAAUGAAAAAACAGAAUGAAGAAAUUAGAAAAACACUUGGCGAGAUAAGCAGCGAGUCAGUCCUUAGAUCAUGUGAUCGGGUCAAAACUAACUACACUAGUGCUUUUUACAUUAGUCCUCAUGGAAACAUUGAAAAGCCUUUUUUGGUGCUUUGUUACUUCGAUAACAAUUUUAACAUGGGCGGUGGCUGGACGGUGUUCCAGCGACGGAUUGAUGGGUCCGUCGAUUUUUACCAGAAUUGGACAAUGUACAAAAACGGAUUCGGAGACGUAAAUGGAGAGCACUGGCUUGGUUUGGAGAAGCUUCAUAUUAUGACGAGAUCGGGAAGAUACGAGCUGUUGGUGCUGUUGGAAGAUUUCGAUGAAAACUCUACUUAUGCGUUGUACGACCAAUUUAAAAUUGGUAGUGAGGAGGAAAAGUACGAGCUCACCGUUGGAGGAUAUUCGGCAGCCGUUGGUGACUCGUUGAAAUACCACAACGGAAGGAAGUUUUCUACAUUUGAUCAAGAUAAUAAUGAAUACAGUAAAAACUGUGCAAAAGAGUUUCGAGGAGCAUGGUGGUUUACAUACUGUUAUCACACUCAUUUAAACGGGCCAUACUUUGAAAAAGGUCAGCAUGAAAAGGAUGGAAUAAGUUGGUACAAAUUUCGAAGAGAUAAUUAUUCGUUGAAAUCAUCAACAAUGAUGUUUCGCAGUCGUGCCUCUAACUAGCCUUCAGAUGACGUUGGAAAAUCACAGAAUUCUAAUCUUCGUUUUUAUUCACUCUCGCUGCUUUAAGUGAAGUGCAGGAAUUAUGAUCAUUUUCAUGGUUUUGUAAACUAAAUGUAUUCAUCGGACGAAUCGGUGUUAUCUCGAUAAAAAAUAGUUAUCUCGAAAAAAAAAAAUCAUAAUAUUAAAACAAUCCCUCUGCGACAAAGGAACAUUGGAAUGGAGAAACAGCUGAGCAAAACCAAAAACAAUCAAAUCUAAUAUGACGUAGCGUAUGGAACGAACAAACAAACGAAAUGAUAUUAUUCAAUUAAUUUUCUAACAUUUUCAAACAUUUACUUGCUAAACUUUUUAUAACAGGGAUGCCAAUUAUUUCAGAGCUCAGAAAAACUAAUCCAAGUAAAGUUUGUUGGGUUGACUAAAUACAAA